AUGGAAGGUCUAGAACAGCCUAGAAAACGACAAAGGAAGGCUCUAGACGGGUCUACACGUUCAAAUGAAGGUGUAAAUAAACCAUAUCCGAGUUCAGAGCCUGACUCCGACUCUGACUCUGAACUACCGCAGUAUCUACAACCACUCCAAGACCACAAGACUUCUACUGCUUCUGACAACUUCUACUUGGAUACAAUUGAUAGAACCGUUCUAGACUUUGACUUCAGUAAGGAAUGCAGUGUUUCCUUAUCUAAAACAAACGUCUAUGCUUGUUUGGUGUGUGGCAAGUAUUUCCAAGGACGUUCAGUAACAUCACCAGCAUUCAAUCAUGCCAUCAACCAGCAUCAUCAUGUAUAUCUCAAUCUCAAAACUGAAGGCUUCUAUAUCUUACCGGAUAACUACAAGUUGACGGACCCUGAAACCCUUAGGAAAUUGGAUGACAUCAUUGCAGUCCUUAAUCCCACUUACAAGCUUGAAGAAAUAGAUACUAUUCCCCAACAAGCGCUUGACUUGAAACGAAUACCUUAUGAUGUUGGAUACGUUGGGCUUAAUAAUGUUUCUAGUUCUAGUGAUUAUGCUAAUGUUGUUAUCCAAUUGAUGUGUCACAUUGAUCCCAUAAGACGGUUCUAUAUGGCUUUGAAUUAUAGUGAUGAUGGGCACUCGUAUUCACCUUUAAAUGCUGAGUUUGGUUUAUUGAUGAGGAAACUAUGGUCCAACAAGCUAUACAAGCCUCAUGUGUCACCCCACGAAUUACUAAAAUUGAUCUCUGUCAAACAACAACAGUCUCCUAAAGGAGUUCUUGUGUGGCUAUUGAAUCACUUGCACAUGGGUCUAGUCAAGGCUAUAGACACCAAUAAGAAGCAGAAGAAGAGUUCUAUCAUCAGCAAGUCUGUCCAGGGUUCAAUCAAGAUCACCAGGAUCGCAGUGGAGUCUAAGGAUAUCAAUGGGAAGACGCAGUUUAUCACCAAAGACUCUGGAACAGUGCAUUCAAAGACCAAGUUCUGGUUGUUGACGGUGAAACCUCCCACGAGUCCACUCUUCUCUCUGGGGUUAAAAGUACCCGAGGUUUCCUUAGAGACGUUACUUGAAAAGUAUAAUGGAGUUUGUCAAACCCACGUCAACGAAACCGAAGUACACCAGUACAAACUUACAGGUCACCUUCCGCCGUAUAUGAUAAUUCACAUUGAUAGGAACCUUGAAGGCGGUGGCGAUAUAUCACCAACUGUUGUCAAGUAUCCUCGAGUACUUGAUAUGAGUCCAUAUGGUGACUCCCGUGCUAACUACGCACUAGUGGCCAACAUAGUGUUCAAGAUCAACCCUGAAACCAAGACGAGAUCAUGGAUGAUCCACUUGCAAAAGACUUCUACAGAAUGGGUCACCAUUCAAGAUCUACAAGUUCGAAAGUGUGAACCGGAAUUGAUGUUUUUAGAUACCAGCUAUCUUCAACUAUGGAAGAGAAUUGAUGUAACCGUGAAUAAUAAUAAAUGA